CUUCAAUCAAGCCAUAUCUAGCGCUCUAUCAAAAGCAAUCAAAGCCUGUUGCUACUAGCCACACUGAACACAGGGUCCCUGAACUUGUCUUCUCGACUUCCUCGUUACAAUGGCGUCCCUAAACAACAAGGUCCUUAUUAUGAUUGCGGGUAUCCUAAUGCUCAUUGGCUGGGUCGUCGCGCUUGCCGGCGUUGCCAGGGCGAACGACCUUUGUAACAAGGCAACAAACAACCAGGCCAAAGACCAGUGCUCGAAGGGUCUACGAUACGAUUGGUGGGGCGUGUGGUACACCUUCUUCAUGACCAUCGCCUGCCUGGUGAUGGCGGUGCUGGGCAAGGCGGAGGCCUGGGUAAGCACGCUGCAGGCGCUGCUGGCUGCCUGCCUGAGCGUGACCAUGAUCGACACCAGCACCUGGAUCGGCUUGAGCGACGGCUCGGCCGGCGACUACAAGGACGCUGCCAACGCUGCCCUGGCGGGUUUCAUCAUCGCCUCCAUUGGCAUCACGCUUAUGAUCAUCUUCCUGGGACUGGGCGGCGCCGGCGUAAACGUGAGCGUGUCGGUGUCUUCCACUUCCAAGACCUCGCCCGAGAAGCCGGCAAAGAGCGUGGAGACCGCAUAAAGCGCUUGCGCUCACACACAAAAGCGGCGAGGCCCGCGAGAGGCCGGCGAGGAUGGAAUGGAUAUUCCGGGGGCGGCUGGGCGGUAAGGGAGGUCUACAUAAUAGGGGUGCGUGUGUGUCAAAGCCCAGUGCGGCGUGAGGAGGGAAUGGUCUGGUCCUUGGUUGGCGCGGCCUCGCCGCAAUGCGUGGCCGCGAGCCUUCGGACGUGGGGCCUCGGCGGGGCAAUGGAAGCGUGAAUACUUUGUACAAAGGGUGGAGAAGGACUUGAGGACUUGAUGGGCGUGGCACGGCGCGAGUAAAAAUGAUGGCAGGAGGCAGCCGGGCGCCGGAAGGUGCGAAGUGGCCGGUGUGGAAUUGGGUGUGAUUGGCCACACAACCGCGUACGUGUGGUGGGUUCACUCUAGUUCACUUUGCCUCGCUGGGGGGCAACAGUCCUUAUGACGGCAUGAACAAAUCCCGUUGUGUGCGUGCAAGGUAUGCCACAGCGUAUGGGAUUCACAUUGAGUGGAGGACUAUCCGGGAAUAAAGCCGCUGUGGAGGGCCGGCGUUACUACUAAUACUUUCCAUGCGGUAAUGUUACAAGUACCGCGGGGACACUUGGCGCGCGCGGGCAACUGAAGACGCGCGGCUAAACGAGCGAAGGCGGGUGCUGUGGCUGCGCCAUGGUUGCGUGCCAAAGGUACAUUGUAUUACCCUGACCGCAGGACUCACAAAUCUGACUCACAUUUGGUGCGUUUUGUGGUGUUGCUUACUGUUGAGACCACUCCUGACCACACAAAGGAGCAAGUGCUCCUGGCGCGUCGUGAUCAAGGGCCCAUGUAACAAGUAGGAACUGUGGCUGCAGACAGAUUGCGGAUGCGGAUGGGCGACGCUGGUCACAGACAUGCAUGAUGCUGUGUGGGCCGCGCUGCGCACUGUAAUCAAACAUGAGC